AUGUCUGCCUCGUCAAGGCAACGUCCAUCUGGCCACCGCCGUGGACUGAGCAUCGACCAGGGCAUGACUCUCCUAUCACGACAGGAGCCGGGACUAUAUCACAUGGACCCUAACCAGCAGCACUUUUUCAGACCAGCCUUCAUGGAACAGGACAUUGCCUCUGCCGAGCAAGCAAAGCAGGCCAUCCUGAACCUUGAACAACAUAUCCAGACCGUCUACCGCACCUACGGAUAUGUUCCUCAGACACCACUUUCUCAAUCGCAACCUCAAAUGCCCACCACCCCCAUCAUUGUUGCCACACGGCCAACAACUCCUUGCUCCAACUACCAGCAACCCAUGUCUGGCCAUCCUGAGGGUCCCCUCCUCGAUGUUUCGCCCAUGCCAAACUCGGUUGCAGUAUCACCCAUGCACCCCGGAAUGUCGCCCAUGCCAAUCCAAUACGCCAACGUCCCUGUUGUCCAGGUCCAGGAACCCUACCAAGACCAGCAUUCCGUGUACGCAGAGUCCUUCGCUGGUGACUACGCAUGCACACCCUCGUACACCUCGUCAAUGGCCGAUCCCAGCUCGCCCAUGCGCUCCCCCAUGGACGCCAAGUUCAACCCCCUGCCUACUGUGUACGAGGCGCUUUCGCCUGCUGCCAGCCACGCAACUUACGCCCACGAUUCAAUGAUGCUUUCCGGUGAAGCUACCUCCAACAUGAGCUACUACACAGAUUCCCCUCAGCGGUCGGCAGUUUCUCCUCGUGAGGCCAUGCUGCAAACUCUCGACAUUGACGCCAGCAUCGAGGAUACCGGCAUCUCACCUCAAGAUGUCCAGCAGUACAUCAGCCCUCAAGAUCACUGCGAUGGUAAGUGGACCUGUCUCUUCGAUGGAUGCGGCAAGAAGUUUGGCCGUAAGGAGAACAUCCGUGCCCACGUCCAGACCCAUCUUGGUGAUCGCCAGUUCAAGUGCAAUCACUGCGGCAAAUGCUUUGUCAGACAGCACGAUCUCAAGCGUCACGCAAAGAUCCACAGUGGUGACAAGCCUCACAAGUGUCCUUGCGGUAAUGGUUUUGCCAGACAAGAUGCUCUCACACGCCACCGCCAACGUGGAGUCUGCGACGGUGCUCUUCCUGGUUUCGAGCGUUCUCAAGUCAGACGUGGUCGUCCGAAGAAGCACCACUACGACAUCUCUGAGCGUCUCGAGAGGGCUGCUCACCAAAGGGAGAUCAACUCGCGCAGAAACUCCGAGUUUACCGCAUACGCAAGCUCUUCUGCCAGCGAGGCUAGCUACCCCAACACUCCUGCAGCCAAUAUCAACGACGACUUUGAUGACGAUGACUUCGCCAACUACCAGCAGCAAGACGGCAAAUACUCUAAGGAGUACAGAUACACUGCCGCCGAUCUUAGCUCGUUGCCUACUACAGAUGUCAAGGUGGCUCCUCAACCUCAGCUUCCUCACAGCCCUCCACCAAGCUCACAAUGCCCGAGUCAACCUUUUGGCUCCAGCGACAACACAUUCAGCUUCUCCUCUGUCGACUGCAAGCCCAUCAUCAUCGAGGAGAAUGAGUGCUUGUCGCCUGCAGCAACCUCAUCAGUCCACAGCAUUGACGAGAAGGACGACUUUUCGCCGAACGCAACUCACGCUGUUGAGAGCGCGUUUAUGGGCUCGGAAGAUAUGCUCGAGUUCAAUCCUAGCAUGUAUGGCGGUCCUGGCGACUCGCUGUUCAAUGCUAGCCUCGACGCAUGGCUCGAGAGUCAUUGA